AUGACAGAUAUCGGCCCCAUACUGGCAGUAGCAAGCACAGCGGAUGUACUGGACUCUGCAAACAACUUGCUCACGUCCCAUCGGAAGCUACUCACAUACGUACGCAAUUCACAGCGGGCGCAUCGACGUCAGCUUCGUGCUCUCGCAACUGCGCCCAAUGAUCUGGCAAAUUUCCCAUUAAUUGAUUCUCCUGCACCAUCACCAGUGCAUUCCCCACUGUCAUCGCCCCAACUCGCUCCUCGUACCCGCCCACAACGCCAAGAUCUCCAUCCUGCAAAACGUGCGAGGGUCGCCCGCUACGCAAAUUAUGUCCCAGAAGAAGAAACGAUCCGCAACGACUACUCGCAGCGGUACGUCGACAGUGGUGAGUGGCCGCAGAAUCGGGUUCUCGGUGCGGAGCCUUCCCGCCGUUUUGAGGAAUACCCAAAGCAGCAGCGCUUGCUCGGUCUGAAAAAGGAAUCCGUCGAUGCGCAUGCUACACCUCCAUUUUUCCUUCCCUUUUCUCACCUAUCUUCAUUACAUCACCAAAAGUUCGAUGUCAUCCUCCUAGACCCCCCAUUCUCCUCAUCUUUUGGCUGGGACGAUCUUCAAGCUCUUCCUGUGCCUUCCCUUGCUGCCGACCCUUCGUUUGUAUUCAUGUGGGUAGGUAGUGGCGCAGGAGAAGGUCUCGAGCGUGGUCGUGAGGUCCUUGCUAAGUGGGGCUACCGCAGGUGUGAGGAUGUUGUAUGGGUGAAGACAAACAACACCACCAAUCGCGGUCCAGGGACAGACCCACCUACUACUUCUCUUCUGACCCGCACAAAACAGCAUUGCCUCAUGGGUAUCCGCGGCACAGUACGUCGCUCGACUGACAGCUGGUUUGUUCACUGCAACGUUGAUACCGACGUCAUCAUCUGGGAAGGGGAUACCGCUGAUCCGAUGCGCAAACCACCCGAAAUGUAUACUCUCAUAGAAAAUUUCUGUCUCGGCACACGCCGUCUUGAACUUUUUGGGCGGGCACGCUCGUCCCUCCGCCGCGGGUGGGUCACAGUGCUGACUGCAAGCGAUGGGGCUAAGGUUGGGGAGCAUACGCGGACUACAGAAGGUGAUGUCGUGCACCCAUGGAACAAGGAUUCGUGGGAGGAAGCGACUCGACACCUGGCUUCGCUCGCAGGGGGGAAGUGUGUCGUGCCAAAUUCUCAGGAAAUUGAUACUCUCCGCCCCAAAUCUCCCAUGCGUUCUGGCAAUUCAGGUGUAAGUGGUGGAGUUGGGGUUGCUAUCAGCGGUGGCGUAGGUGUAGGCGUAGGGAGUGCCGGGGUGGGGAUGAAUGCGGGAAAUAUGAACUCCGACCCCAACAUGAGUAUUCAACAUGCCCGGCGUCCGCCUUCCCAAAAUCCAAUGAUGGUGUCUCCAAUGAUGGGGAUGGGUAUGCCGAUGGACAUGGGUAUGGGCAUCGGGAAUAUGAUGGGCUUAGGAAUGGGUGUAGGAGGUCCGGGAAUGGGUAUAGGUAUGGGAAACACGAGGAUGGGUAUGGGCGGUAUGGGCGGUAUGGGGAUGCAUGGCCAAUGGGGUCAGGGGUACGACGGGUUCCAGUGA